AAGUAGCUUUAUCAGAAAGGUUUUUAAUAUAUAUAAGAAACCACUAGCCAUUAAUCAGUUAUUCAAUUCUCAGUUAUUCAUAGUGGUGUGAUCAAUAAUAAUAUUUUGAAAAUGAAAGUUCUAAUUUUGGCUCUGUUGCUGGCCGUGGCUCUGGCUAAUACUUACAAAGACGACUGGAUCAAGGUGCAUCGAGAAUGCCAGAGCGAUCAAGUCACUCACGUUCCAGAAGAAAUAUUUGAAAAGUUGAGGAAAAAGGAAAAAGUCGACUUUCCAGAUAAUUUCUCACUUCACGCUUUCUGUAUGCUAAAGAAACUCGACAUUCAAGACGACCAGGGUAACCCAGAAAAAGCCACCAUCAAAAAAGCCGUACAGAGAACAAUCUCUGACUCCGCUAAAGUCGAAGAAAUCGUAAAUCAUUGUUCUGUGGCUAAGGAAACCAAAGAAAAGACAGCUUUAGCUAUAUUUAAAUGUUUUGGUAAAAAUAAUAUUGAUAUUGGACAACUGUGAGGCAUCCAAUUAAUUGCAAAAGUUAUAUAAAUAAACAAUAAUUUUAAA